CAAAGAAACAAACACACUGUUACAUACUUUCGUUUCGUUAAUUCGGCGUAGAACCAAAGAAAGAGAGAGAGAGAAGGAAAAGGUUGCUACCAACAAACAGAGUGCGGUGGCGACAACCGACGUAAGCGGCGGAGGAGAGACGCGGAACGGUGGUCUUCAGGGUUUUCUGUCGUCGCUGUUCUCCACUCUCGGCGGUGUUUUUGGGUCAACGUUUCAAGAACCGCAUCAAACCGUUGUCAUGGCCGCCAGAUUGGAACAACAGCAACAACAACAACAACCCAUCAAUGUUGGUGAGGUUAAGCAGAAGAACAUGGGUGGUGAAGGCAGAAACAACAGAAGGGUGCUUCAGGAUAUUGGGAAUCUCGUGGGUAAACAAGGCCAUGGAAAUGGAAUUAACUUGUCUAAGCCUGUCACAAGGAACUUUCGUGCUCAAUUAUUGGCCAAUGCACAAGAGAAGAACAAGAAAUCAAGCACUGAAGCGAACAAUGGAGCAGUGGUAGCAACUGAUGGGGAUGGUGUUGGGAAUUUUGUUCCUGCUAGAAAGGUAGAAGCAGCUAAGAAGACAAAAGAAGAACCUGAAGUGAUUGUCAUUAGCUCUGAUGAUGAAUCAGAAGAAAAGCCAGCUGCGAAGGGAAAAAAGGAAAGGGAAAAAUCUGCUAGGAAGAAUGCCAAAGCCUUCAGUUCAGUCCUCUCUGCUAGAAGCAAGGCUGCUUGUGGACUUCCAAGGGAUUUGUUGGUGAGCAUUGAUGCAACUGACAUGGACAAUGAAUUGGCGGCAGCCGAGUACAUCGAUGAUAUCUACAAAUUUUACAAAGAGACUGAAGAAGAGGGUUGUGUGCAUGACUACAUGGGUUCGCAGCCAGAUAUUAAUGCCAAGAUGAGAUCAAUCCUUGUGGACUGGUUGAUAGAAGUGCAUAGGAAGUUUGAGCUCAUGCCAGAAACUCUAUAUUUGACCUUGAACAUUGUCGAUCGAUUCCUAUCUGUGAAGGCUGUGCCUAGGAGGGAGCUUCAGCUGGUUGGCAUCAGCUCAAUGCUGAUAGCCUCGAAAUAUGAAGAGAUAUGGGCACCGGAGGUUAAUGACUUUGAGUGCAUAUCAGACAAUGCUUAUGUUAGUCAACAAGUGUUGAUGAUGGAGAAAACAAUCCUUAGGAAGCUUGAAUGGUACUUAACAGUUCCAACACCCUAUCACUUCUUGGUUAGGUAUAUCAAAGCUUCCACUCCAUCGGACAAAGAGAUGGAGAACAUGGUGUUUUUUCUUGCUGAACUUGGAUUGAUGCAUUAUCCUACUGCAAUCCUGUAUCGCCCUUCUCUGAUCGCUGCUGCUGCCGUGUUUGCGGCUCGAUGUACCCUUGGAAGGAGCCCUUUCUGGACAAGCACUUUGAAGCACUACACAGGCUACUCUGAGGAGCAACUGAGGGAUUGCGCCAAAAUCAUGGUCAACCUUCAUGCUGCCGCUCCAGGAAGUAAGCUUAGGGCAGUUUACAAGAAAUUCUGUAACUCGGAUCUUUCUGCUGUUGCUCUUCUUUCUCCAGCAAAGGAGAACUGUCUUGAACAAGCUUAGGUUUUUUUAGGGAGAGAUCAUGACUGUUAUGAUCUAUAUAGUAUUCGUUUAUAUUUUUCAGAGUGAUACACAAAAGUUUGUGUUUGGAAUUUGUUAGGGGAUUGCUUGAAGCCUCAAGCAAAGUUUGGUGAUUUUUUUUUUUUUUGUGUAAAGCAGAAUUUGAUGAAACAUUGCUGGGAAAUAUUCUUAUAAUGAAUAUUGAUUAUUAUUGAGCGAGCUUUGUCAA